AUGCACUUACCUCCUGAUAUUCAUGAUGAAGAUGCCAUACACGAAAGCCUCCAAAUUUGCCGAGUAAUCGCUGUGCGCGUGCUGGAGACAAUGUUACGAUUACCUGGACUAAUAUUGCUAGAACUAUGGUGGAGGAAUCGGGACAUCAGUUUUGAUGAAAUAACACAAGAGAUGUUAAAUAAGGCUCCUUUCAAUUCUUAUCUUGAUAUCUCUACAAUUCUUGAUUUUGUGCACAGGAGGAAUUUUGAUAAUUCGGCCGCUCUGAUACUGAGUUAUUCAGUGCUUUUCCUCAGUGUCAUGUUCCUCACUUUGCCGCUGACGAAGCUUUUCAAGUUGUAUGGACAUGCACUUAGCCUGCUGAUAUUCGCUUUUGCACAUUACAUGUCGACAACUUAUGUUUAUCUCGAACAGAAUACAGAAGAUAAAGAACUCAAACUUGAUGAUUUUGUAAAGCUAGAGCGGCACGGAUUCCAUUUCUUGGCGCAGCUGAUGUUGAGCGUCGUGCAGAGCUGUGUCCUUGGUCUAGAGAGUGACGUUGGUCGAGCAUUUCUCACUGUUUUUACUCUUCCCAUUGUUGCUAGAAUGUGUGGUUUUCCACUGGACAAACUCAUUCUAGCACACAAUGUUGCCUGCUCUUUGGUAAUGCUAUCAAUGUGCAUCUAUGUGCUGAAUCGAGUGCCAGACAUGGUUCAUAGUAUGCGAACAGCUUUCCGUCAAGUAAAAGCUAUCUUCGUUGUACGCGGUUUGGCGGGAGGUACACCUUGCUUCUAG